AGCGACGCGCACGAAAAUAUUUGUGCUUGGGGGUUAUACAAAUACAGGUUAUAAGGUGUUUUAAGUGUAAUUAAAGUGUUUUAAAGCUACAUAUUCUGUCUAAGAAAGAGCAGAAUUGAUUGAUAAGAUGAAUCCUUUAACGAAUAUGAAGAAUGUUCUCAAAUUGAGUGCACAAGAACUAGCAGGUCUUAACAAAACCUCAUGGCAUGAUCAGUACAGAGAUAGUGCAUGGCUAUUUGUGGGAGGACUGCCAUAUGAUCUCACUGAAGGGGAUAUAAUCUGCAUUUUCUCCCAGUAUGGUGAAAUUGUGCAUCUGAAUCUGAUCAGAGACAAGGACACUGGUAAAUCACGUGGUUUUGGUUUCAUCUGUUAUGAAGAUCAACGUUCCACCGAUUUAGUGGUGGAUAACUUCAAUGGAAUUAAGAUCCUAAACAGGACCAUUCGAGUGGAUCAUGUUAGUAAUUAUAAAGUGCCCAAGAGUGAGAAAGACAAAGUGAAGCAAAUUCAAGAACAGCAGGGUAUGGGGGUUGCAGAUGAAGAUGAAUUAGAAGAAAGGCAACAUAAGGCCAAGAUUAAAAGAUUUAAAACUGAAGUGAAGCAGGAACCAGUUGAUGCCAGAGAAACAUUAGCUGAUCAGAUUGUAGGUGACAUUAAAUUGCCCUACAGACUGCCUAUUUAUCAGGUUAAGCAGGAACCAAUGCAAGAAAUUGUUGAUAAGAAGCCAGACACUAACUUGAAGAAACCAAAGAAGGAAAAAAAGGCCUCAAAGUCAAGCAAGAAAAAGAAGUCUAGGUAUUCUAGUUGUGAGCGUAAUAACUCAGAUAGUAAUUAAUGGGUGGUUACUAUUUUAAUUUAUAUAAUAAUAAUAGGAAAUUAAAAGUUAAAUUUUAAUUGAAUGGUGUAAUAAACUAGAUCUACAAAUC